AAGUGCAGUGAUCAUGUUUUUCGCAAUAUAAAAAUUCGUGUCCGUAUUGUGGGACUUCAUUGAAAUUUUCACCAAUCAUAAAGAUAUACAAAACGUUUUUCGAGAUUUAAAAGUGCAAAUAUAUAUUCGAAGUGUUUUUUUAUAUUAAAUUCUCAGUAUAAUUAUGAAUAUAACCCGGUUGUCUAAAUAAUAGCUGUGUUAAUAAUCAUGUGCGAAGAAUCGUUAUUCGGAUUUUCAAAAUUGUUUUCUGAACAAUACGGUCGGAGAUACAACAAGCAGUAGCCACUACCAUGAGUUUGUAGGGGUAUUAGGAAAAUGAUAUUCAACUCUCUUAUCAGUACCCCGACUGGUGAAUCGUGACUGGACUUGAAUCAUUCUACUCUUCUAGCCAUUAUAUUUAUACUAUGUGCAAGCUUAGUCUCUACAACAAGCAAUACAUAUCUUAAUGUGUUAAGACUAAUAAAUAACAGAAACCAGUACUCGUGGUAGUGACACUGAAACGCAUCGCGUGUCGUUUCCCAGGGUGAGGAAUCUCGAAAUCGUAUUAAAAAACAUGUCGAAACGCGGUCAGCUUUCUGGAAAUUUAUGCGACGGAGUGCUCCUAAGUAUAUGGAGGACUGUCACGUGUGAUUCGGAAGUGUACGACGAACCUGUAGUGGCUGAAGAACGGAUUGUGCAUUUAGAAGUUGCUGAUAUUAGUUUCAACAAGAUGCCUCUGCAGAUGACCAAACCCGCUCCCCAGUUCAAGGCCACGGCCGUCGUCAACGGAGAGUUCAAGGACAUUUCUCUGUCUGACUACAAGGGGAAAUAUGUUGUGCUGUUCUUCUAUCCUUUGGACUUCACGUUCGUGUGCCCGACGGAGAUCAUCGCGUUCUCGGAGAAGGCGGACGAGUUCCGCAAGAUCGGCUGCGAGGUGCUCGGCGCCUCCACCGACUCGCACUUCACGCACCUCGCCUGGAUCAACACGCCGCGCAAGCAGGGCGGACUCGGUCCCAUGAACAUCCCUCUGAUAAGCGACAAGUCGCACCGCAUCUCCCGCGACUACGGAGUGCUGGACGAGGAGACGGGCAUCCCCUUCCGAGGACUCUUCAUCAUCGACGACAAGCAGAACCUCAGGCAGAUCACCAUCAACGACCUGCCCGUGGGGAGGUCGGUGGAGGAGACCCUGCGGCUGGUGCAGGCGUUCCAGUUCACGGACAAGCACGGCGAGGUGUGCCCCGCCAACUGGAGGCCCGGCGCCAAGACCAUCAAGCCCGACACCAAGGCCGCGCAGGAGUACUUCGGCGACGCCAACUAGACACGACACCACACCAACAAUCACUCUAAUUGAAUACACAAUUUCGAAAAGGGCACAUCUCUGAAAAUGUAAAUUGUUCAGGAAUUGAAAAAAAACUGAUUAUUUUCUAAAGCAGUGUAAAAUUUAAAAUAUUAACUUUUGAGAUACAUCUUAGUCUUAAUUAGCAAUUUAUGAGAUAUGCCCUUUUCGAAAUUGCAUAUUCAAUGAAUACUUCUUAUUUUUACUUCACUUGUUAAAUCAGUAUUGAUUAACUUAAUGUAAUCCAGCGGCUGCAAUAAAGAGCUGUGCUGUUUUGGUA